AUGGACUCGGACGACCUAUGCAAACUAAAAAAUUUGGAUGAAAGCUCUCUUCUGGAAAAUCUCAGAAAAAGAUACUUGAAUUCGCAAAUAUAUACAAAUUCGGGGCUAUUCCUUAUUUCCAUCAAUCCCUACAAGCAGAUAGAUCUCUAUACCGAGGAGGUAGCAGGACUGUACAAGAAAAAGGCUGCUGGCAAAGGAUUACAGCCACAUGUAUAUGAAGUUCUAGAACAGUGUCUGAGAGAUAAGGACGUCUAUGGCGAGCACACGAUCAUCAUCAAUGGCGAUAGCGGUGCGGGGAAGACAGCGUGUGCAAGAUACAUGCUAGAAUACUUGGGCGUUCCUGCUCUCAGGGAUGCUGAUAAUAUUCUUGAGAGUCUUGGAAACUGUAAGACACACUUAAAUGAUAACAGCAGUAGAUUCGGAAAGCUUAUAAGGUUGGAUAAGACAGUAAAAAUUGAAACCUAUCUUCUUGAAAGAUCUAGAGUUACAGGCUAUCCACCAAACGAAAGGAAUUUUCAUGUAUUUUACUAUAUUUUAGCAAAUAGAAAAGAAGCCUUGGUCAACGACUACAUCAAUUUCAACUGUAGCGGCAUAAACCGUGAACAACUGCAAAGCCAGACGCUAGACAGCGCUUUCUUCAGCACCGAAUCGCUCGCCAACUCAUAUAAAAACCUAUCGGACUCAUUUUCAAGACUUUCAAUAGAUUUCCAAGAAAUCGAGAUAAUACUGAUGGGAAUAAUCUACUUGGGCUCGGUGGAAAUUCAAAACCAAUCGAUUCUGAAGAAUAAAAUGUAUUACUCUGUCAUUGAGCUUCUUUGCUUGGACGAAAAAAGAUUCGAUGAGUUUCUUUUGACUAAAAAAUUUAAAGUACGGAUAAGUGAUAAAAGUGAGGUGAUACUAAAGAAGUUAUCUGACUCAGAAAGCUAUACAAUGAGAAAUUCGCUUGCAAGGCUGCUGUAUGAGAACCUGUUUUACUACGUUCUGGAUAAAAUUAAUGCCAAGCUCAAUGGCAUCUCCCUUGGUAUUUCCCAGCUGAACAUUUUAGACAUUUUUGGAUUUGAGAAGUUUGAAAAGAAUGGGCUAGAUCAAUUUUGUAUUAACUGGUGCAACGAAUGUAUUCACGAUCACUUUGUGAAAGACACCUUUGAGUAUCAGAAGAGCAUUUUAAUCUCAGAAGGCGUGGACUCGUCGAGCGUAGACAGGCUCCUGUCGAAAAGAUAUGAGCAGAGUGGGUAUGCCAAUGGCACUACCGACAGUUUUAGCAGCAAUAGUAUCAACCACAUUAAGAUUUGUGGAAACGAAUCACUUGACAAUAUUCAGAAGAAGACUGGUGUUGCUGAUCUUAUCAUCGAAGAAUCUCUUAUAAAUGGAUCGGCAAGUAAUCUUGCGCUGAAGCUGCAGAACUACAUGAAAAUGCGCAUCAAGCCCGGGAAUGCUCUUGUGUUUAAACAUUUUAAUGGAUGUGUUGAGUAUUCGCUUGACGACUUUGUGGAAAAAAACAGAGAAAAAUGCUCUUUUGGCUUUGAGUUUCUUUCAUUAUUUGAGAACCAAAGUAGAUCCAGCGGGUUCUUUGACUUUCUGUCUAAAUCACUUGUCACAUGCGAGAAUGUUGUUGGAACAUUCAGAAGCAGUCUCAACCAUCUCUUUGGGGUUAUCAGAAACACUCGUGUGAAAUAUAUUAAAUGCAUAAAACCUAACUCGGGAAAAACACCCCUUAUGUUUGAUGGCGAAUUGGUUGCAAAACAGCUUAGAUCAGGCGGAGUGCUUGAGUCCAUUGAGCUAAGCAAGCAUCUUUUUCCUUAUGUGCUGGACUUUCCCACAUUUGCUGUCAGAUAUCCAUUUACCACACUUAACGAUCCCUGUCUAACCAAAGGUAAAUCAAAGGUGUUUUUAAAUAAUGAGGGUUUCAUUGAUCUUGAAAAUAGAAGACACAUAUAUAUCGAAUCUUUUAAUGAGCGGAUACGGGAACUUUCCAGUGUUUUUGUAACCAAGAAGAUUAUGUCUGAAAUUAUUCAAUCUAAGAAGCCGAUGAAAGUGGCCGAUAAGUUUAAUACAAGCAGCACAGCUGAAAAAGUACUCGUUAAGAGCAUGGAUGGUACAAUGAACCUGUUAGAUAAGGAUGAAAACAAGUGUUCGUCGUAUGUAAAUAUGAUGAGAAAAAAUGAAGACCAGUACAUGAAGCUGCUAUCUAGAUUGGAAAAAGACGUCAUUAAAGAUGUUAAUAGUGCAAAUAUAAUUUCUAAUCCAGAUCAGCAGUUCCUGCAGCACUCAGGCCCUCUGGAAACUCUCAAAGAUGAAAACAAAACUUUGAAAAAAAUUAUUUCAGAUCUGGAAAAUGAACUAAAAAUAAUAAAGCAUAUGAAGCUUUCAGUCAAAAAUAUAAAUUCCCAGGCUUUGAAUGUGGAGUGUGAGGCCAAACAGGACCGUUCUGUGAGCAAUGAGCUAGAAAUGCUACAGAAGAAAUUUCAGGACCUUGCAUUUAUCAGUUGCUAUCCUAACGAUACUUCACCUUUUGGGGUAUUUAGAUCACUUGUUGAUCUUUUUAUUGAAAACUUUCCUGUUUAUUCCGAACAGCAGUAUUCAAGGGAUGACAUUCUCUGCUUCGCUCAGUGUGUUUAUUAUAUGGUCUGCUCUUCGUUCCAGCACAACACCAAAUACUCCUUUGAUGUUUUCAUUGAGGAGUUGAACAAGCAAGCAUCAGUUUUUCAGGAAAGCCUAGCGGGUGUUUUGUAUGUUUUGAGCAACCUUAUCGAGCUUAGAUGCUUGUUUAAGGAAAGACAGGACACUCUAAAAUCUGUUUUUAAGGAUGGAGCCGAGACCCUCAAAAAGCUGGCAGCGCAUCCUUCUUCUCCAGAGUUUCUAAACACGGAUCGCACUGGAAGCACAUCAAGGCAGGAAAUUCCAAUUGAUAGAAUAUUAGACGACAUGACAGCUUUGGAUAACAAUGAAGUAUUGAGUAUUAGAAUGCAUGACGGGAUGCAGAAGAUUUCACAUGAUUUCAGUACUGAAAUAGACUUUAUUAGAUACAUACUAAGUGAGCUAGACAUAUCGAUCAGAAAUUUAAUGGAGCAUUUUGGGGUGUUACUAACUGAAUCUCUGUCUGACAUCCUUCCCCAUGUUAUUCUUGACUAUGAGCCGUUAAAAGAGUUAAAUAGUAAGAUCAAAGCCGCAAGGAAAUGGCUAUUUCCCAGACCCACCAUUUCUCGAAUGAUUCAGUAUUUAGAAUAUUUCUAUGGGAUAUCCCACUACUACUACCUGCCAGCCUCGUUUGUCCUAAGCGCUAUUUCAUUUUCACUGUCAGUUGUCGAUCAAAUAACCUUUAACUCAAUUUUAACGAGAAAGGGAUUCUUAAAUUUUAACAAGUGCUAUGAAAUUAAGUAUAAUCUGGCCGAGAUUGAGAAGUUCUGCUUUAAUAUUGGGUUUAGAGAUGGGUUCCUGAAUCUCCUGCAUGUGAAUGAGACAAUGAAGAUUGCGAGCGCCAUUUCCAGACUUGAACUGUUCCAAGAAUCAGACUGUAAAACAGAAAGCGAAAGCAAUCAUUCAGAGUAUCACUUGGCAUAUAACUCCGCCCAGGAAAUCAUAGACAAUAGUUUUUUGAACUGCAACCAAAUUAACUGUAUUAUUUCCAAAUUUGAAGAGUCGUUAUUUGAAUGCAAAGAUUACGAUCCAUACUCGUGCAAAUUUAUUUCAUCGCCAAAAAUUAGCUGUCCUGACCUAGAUCAAUGUUCCUCGGGCUCAAAAUUUGUAGAGCCUUCUUAUCUCCCGCAGAAGAGUCUAUCAAGGAUUCUCCAUUAUUUCCACGAAUUGUAA